AUGACAAAGCCGAAAACCAAACCGUGCCCGUCCUGCCAGGCUCCAAACGCCUGCAACAGGAAGACGUGCAGCGCAUGCCUGGGCAGCCUGGACGUAAAGGUGAAGCUGAGAAAGAAACAGGAAAAGGUUAAGAACAGCGACUGGGCCGCCUCCAUUAGAAAAAACAGGAAUUCCAGCAGGGUGGUUCAUUCUGCCCAGUUAUCAGUUUUCAAACUACACGCCCUGGGCUACCAGCCUGUUCUGUUUCUCUGCCAGUGUGACCGCAAGGGUCGUAUCAUAGGAGACCUCAUCACCCACAUCCAGCCAGCGGGAGGCGCUGCACAUGAGAUCCUCAUGGAGAUGAGGAAACUUUAUGAAGACCUGCUGAGUGACCCAGACCCAGACCUAGACCCAGACCUAGACCCAGACCCAGACCCAGACCUAGACCCAGACCCAGCCCCAGACCAGGAGGCUCCAAAUGAGGAGUUUAUUCUUCAUUCAGAACCUGUACCAACAUCUUCAUCUCUUCUUCCUCCUACAUCCUCCUCUUUAUGUCCACUUCCUCCUGGUCCCUCCUAUCCGUCUCCACUUCCUCCUACAUCCUUCUAUCCGUCUCCACUUCCUGCACCUCCAUCUGUUUCUGCCGUGUACACCUCGGAUGUCCCAACCAGGAAACGGAAAAGGAAAGAAUGCAGAAAACACCACACGCAGCAGAUCUUUCUUUACGAAGCGAUGGUGGACAGGAGCGUUGUGGAUGGAAAAGAAGAAGUUAAAGUGAAGUGGAAGCCCUGCUCAACAUGGAGCAGUGGACCAGGAGGAGACUGGAGACGACUGUGAGAUGGACGGAGACAGUAACUCUGAGUAAAACGUGGUGGAAUGAAGAGAGCGUGGAGUGCAGGGACAAAUCCAGAGGUUCUUACAGAGAACUAAGAAACAUGAAGGGGUCCAGAUAGAGGAGCAGUUCUCAGACACAUCGGCUGCACAUGAGCAGUAAAAGAAAUAUUGAAACUGUCUCUCAGAGGAGCCUCAGCUCAUCACCAGGUCUGUGCAGGACGCUGAGCUCCUGGUGAUGCAGCUGGACCAUCGGUGGCUCCACAUCUGAAACAGACCAGGAACGUCUUGAGACUGUGGAUGAGGAGGAACUAGAGAGGAACUAGAGCCCUUUCCUGAGCUUCACGGCUAAUGUGGACGACUCUUCAGCCUCAGACGUGGUGGAUUCAUGCGCUGCCACAGGUGGAGUGGCGUAUUAUUCCUUGGUGAAAGUCUCAAAUGGAGGAAAAGUGGCCUGGAGGUCUGAAGAUCUGCAGAGUUUUUAUCUCCUGACUGGCCUUUUUGUGGACAAACAGAGACAGUCUUUCACUGCUUUCAUGACUGAAACACACUCAGGGACAUUUUUUAUAUUGUAGAACUAGCUUUAACUGUUUAUUUUAGGAGUUAGUGGUAAAAAGGCCGAAGCCUCUGAGUGGGAGUUUUUAAACGUUUCACUCAGUGGCUAAAAUGUCCAUUCACUGUAGUAGAGGACAGAGUGGGACAGAGGCAGCUCCUAUUUCUAUUUCAGCUCUGUUCUGUGAGUAGAUUCUGUUGAUGAAAAGAUCAACAUGUUGAGUUAUCGUUCUAAGAUGAUUGUCUGUAAAUAAUAAAUAAUUAAUAAAUAAAGGUUUUUCAAAAUC